GCCCCAUUUCCUUAUUCUCAAAAUCUAUGAACUAACCAUUUUGAUUCUUUGACCAAAUCAUCAAACACUAUGUCAAGGUUUCUCUUGUUGGUUUCCCUCCUCUUCUGUCUCAUCCUGUGUGUCACCGCACAUGGAGGUGGCCAUGAUGACGGCGAUGAAGCAGCCGGUGGUGGCGAUGACCAUCCUGAUCUUAGAGCAAGGUCCUUAAUUUUGGUGAAGAUAUGGUGUUUGAUAUUAGUCUUCAUAGGGACUUUUAUUGGUGGGGUGUCACCAUAUUUUCUGAAAUGGAAUGAGGGGUUUUUGGUGCUUGGAACCCAAUUUGCAGGUGGUGUUUUUCUGGGUACUGCUUUGAUGCACUUCUUGAGUGAUGCAAAUGAGACUUUUGAGGACUUGACCACCAAAGCAUAUCCAUUUGCUUUCAUGUUGGCUUGUGCUGGGUACUUGUUGACUAUGUUGGCUGAUUGUGUCAUUGGAUAUGUGUAUGGGAGAGGCAUGGAGAAAGAAAAUGAUGAUGUGGAGCUUCAAGGAGGUUUUGAGCAGGGAAAAGGCAAUAGCAACAACACAACUCGGCCAUCGCUCUCUCCGGGCCAUUCUGCACAUUCUUCGCUUUCAUCUGCAAGUUCAGUUGGAGAUAGCAUUCUAUUGAUCUUUGCAUUGUGCUUCCACUCUGUCUUUGAGGGCAUUGCAAUUGGAGUAGCAGAAACCAAAGCUGAUGCUUGGAAAGCUCUAUGGACAAUCAGUUUGCACAAGAUAUUUGCGGCUGUUGCAAUGGGAAUAGCUCUCCUUCGAAUGAUCCCUGAUCGUCCCUUCUUAUCGUGUGUAGCCUACGCCUUUGCGUUUGCCAUUUCAAGUCCAGUUGGCGUCGCCAUUGGUAUCAUCAUCGAUGCCACGACUCAGGGAGCUGUUGCAGAUUGGAUCUAUGCCAUAUCGAUGGGGAUCGCGUGUGGGGUUUUCAUUUAUGUUUCGAUAAACCAUCUUCUUUCCAAAGGUUACACUCCACAUAAUGCAGUUUCAGUAGACACUCGCCAUCACAAGUUCUUGGCUGUGGUGCUGGGUGUUGGAGUGAUCGCUGUGGUGAUGAUCUGGGAUACUUGAGAUGCCUCAAAGAGUUUGUUUGCUCUGCUUUGGAAGAGUGCCUACUGUUGUAUUGUUGGUCUCCAAGAGUUUGAUUUUGCAGACAAUGUAGCUUCAGUUUUUGUUGUUAGUUUCAAUACACAGAUUAAGAAUCUUGUAAAACUAUACAAGGCAUAUUAUUUCAAUAAUCACUUCUUGCCGC